UUCACACUUGCACAGUUGCUUGGCUCCUCUGGCUACAGGGUGUCCAGCUCCUGUUUGCAGCUUCUGGAACCAUGGCUUUCCCUGCGGGAUUUGGUAGGGCUGCAGCCACUGCAGCCUAUCAAGUGGAAGGAGGCUGGGAUGCAGAUGGAAGAGGCCCUUGUGUCUGGGACACAUUCACCCAUCAGGGAGGAGAGAGAGUUUUCAAGAACCAGACUGGUGAUGUAGCUUGUGGCAGCUACACUCUGUGGGAGGAAGAUUUGAAAUGUAUCAAACAGCUUGGAUUGACUCAUUACCGCUUUUCUAUUUCCUGGUCACGUCUGUUACCUGAUGGGACGACAGGUUUCAUCAACCAGAAAGGACUUGACUAUUACACCAAGAUCAUUGAUGAUUUGUUAACAAAUGUUACACUUGUGGUGACACUCCACCACUUCGAUUUGCCUCAGGCUUCAGAAGACCAAGGCGGAUGGUUGUCAGAUACAAUUAUUGAAGUCUUUGACAAAUAUGCCCAGUUUUGCUUCAGCACCUUUGGGAAUCGAGUGAGGCAGUGGAUCACCAUAAAUGACCUGUUUUUAGUGCAAUAUGACCUGUAUUUCUUUGCUCCUGGUGUUCCUCACAUUGGGACUGGAGAUUAUCAGGCAGCUCAUAAUAUGAUUAAAGCUCAUGCCAAAGCCUGACAUAGUCAUGAUUCCUUAUUCUGGGAAGAACAGAAGGAUAUGGUGUCCCUAUCACUUUUUUGUUUCUGGCUGGAACCAGCAAAUCCCAACUCAGUGCUGGACUAGAAAGCUGCUGAAGGAGCCAUCAAUUUCCAGUUUGAUUUCUUUGGUAAGCCUAUAUUCAUUGAUGGUGAUUAUCCUGAACUUGUCAAGUCCUAGAUUGCCUCCAUGAGUGAAAAGCAAGGCUAUCCAUCAUCGAGGCUUUCAGAAUUCAAAGAAGAGAAGAAAAUGAUCAAAGGCACUGCUGAUUUCUUUGCUGUGCAAUAUUACACGACUCGCCACGUCAGGCCCAAGCAGAAUAAGGAAGCAGAAUUUGGGCAUUCUUCAGCAUGCGAAGAUAGGGAUUUUUUCAGAUCUGUCUUGAAAGAUGUGGGGUGGGUCCACAUGGCGCCAUGGGGUUUAUGUAAACUGCUGAACUAUAUUAAGGACACAUAUAAUAACCCUGUAAUUUACAUCACUGAGAAUGGGUUUUAUCAGGAUGACCCCCCCCAUCUUGAUGGCACCCAAAGCUGGGAAUGUUUCAGACAGACAUUUCAGGACCUGCUCAAAGGAACCAUUUGAAAUGAUGAAAGAUCAAUUGUGCAAACUUAAUAUAAUUUUCCCAUGUGCUUAUUUGCAUUUAGCAAAGACCAAUGAUUUUGAAAGCUGAAAUUCAUAUAAAUCAGUGUAAAGCAAUAUAAUUAAAAGAGGGGGAAAAAAGUAUUUAGGAAAGAGGAAGGUGAAGAUUUUGGCCUAGCCUCAACCUCCUGAAACAGAAUCACAUAAAGGGCAACUGUCUUCAGCAUUUUGCAUCCCCUGAGUGAAGGGAACAAGAAUAGAAGGGGCGGCAGCUUCUGGGGAAGAACAUCAGUUACUACAAAAAGGUUAGCAAUGAUCAACUGUGGCAUGCUUAUUUGCAUAUUUUUUGCAUCUUAACUACUGAGGAAUGAAUUGACAGGAUUUUUAAAAGACCCAAAUUCAGCGUUUAUGCAAUGAAGUUCAAAAUGGCAUGAGUCCUUUAUCAAUGUAUGUUCCAUUUAGGUUGGAAGCAAGUGGCCCUGUUAGAAACAGGUUUGUGUCAUGGCAAAUACAUGAAUUGUGUUACAAGAUAAUAUUGUCAUCUGUAACUUUCUGCAUUUCUUUUCAUAUUUUAAAAGAAGUAAAAAGGAAUAGUAUUUAAUUGACAACACAGAUUUCUAGACCAGUUAACCUCUCA